AUGGAUCCAUAUUAUUCAUCACCAUCAUCUUAUUAUUAUCAACCAUCAUGUCCGUUACAUGAUUCAUCUUCAUCAUUUUUAUCUGAUUCUUAUACUGAUCCUUAUUCAUCAUAUCCAUCUCAAUCAACAUCAUAUUAUUAUCCAUCUUAUAAUGAUCAAACAUCAUCACCAAUUCUUUUUUAUAAUAAUUCAACAACUAAUAUUUAUGCUCAACCAACACAUUCAUUUCCACAAACGAAUAUUCAAGUUUCUUCAACAAAUACACAAACUAUUCGUGCAACAUCAUCAUCAUUAAAUUCAACAUUUGAAUCUGUUGCACCACCAGGACGUCGUCGUCGUCAACGAACAAUUUUUUCAAAAGAUCAAGUCGAUAUUCUUGAUCAAAUCUUCGAACGAAAUCAAUAUCCUGAUAUACAACUUCGUGAACAAUUAUCUGAACGACUUGAUGUUCCAGAAGCUCGUAUUCAAGUAUGGUUUAAAAAUCGUCGUAGUCGUGCUCGUACAACAACCAAAACUAAAUAUCAAAAUAAUUAA